AAUAUUGCAAUUGUAGCCCCUGUAUUUUCUCAUCAGUCACAACGAAAUAAGAAAAGCUCAAUCUCAAGUCGGCCAAAAGCACCUUAAUACACAACUAAUUACAGUUUAGCCCCUCUAUUCUUCUUCAGUUUCCAAAUCUUCACUCAAUUAAAAAAAAAUCAAUGUAUAUCAGAAGCCGACUGACAAAUGUACGAUCCAACGGACACAUCUCCAAAUAUAGCCGUUGGGAGGUAACGAAGACGGUAACGGCUAUAUCUCCCCACUGAUUAAAAACGUUACUUCUCAGAUCCUUUCUUCACACCCACACUCAUCUCUCAUCUCUCAAACUCUCUCUAGUUAAUUUCGAUUUGAGUUUUCAGGCGAAAAGAUGAACGACCUAAUGACCAAAUCGUUCACAAGCUACGUCGACCUAAAAAAAUCAGCGAUGAAGGAUCUAGAAUCCGGACCACCAGACUCCGACCUCGAGAUGGCGAACAACAACAACACAGACUCAAAUCUCUCCUCGUUCCUAGAAGAAGCCGAGAAAGUCAAAUCAGAGAUCUCUCUGAUCACCGAAACGCUCUCUCGCAUCUCGCAGUACAACGACGAGAGCAAAUCCGCGCACAAGUCGGACUCCGUGAAGUCUCUCCGCAACAAGAUCUCCAACGAGAUCGUCUCCGGUUUACGAAAAGCGAAAUCGAUCAAGGCCACGCUCGAGGAGAUGGACAGAGCGAACCGGGAGAUCAAACGGUUAUCGGGAACUCCGGUUUACAGAAGCAGAGUGGCGGUUACUAACGGUUUGAGGAAGAAGCUGAAAGAAGUGAUGAUGGAGUUUCAGGGGCUGAGGCAGAGGAUGAUGAGCGAGUACAAGGAGACCGUUGAGAGACGGUACUUUACGGUUACUGGCGAGAGACCAGACGAAGAGAUGAUCGAGAAGAUUGUUAGCGACGGAGGUGAAGAGUUUCUCGCACGUGCGGUUCAGGAGCACGGGAGAGGGAAGGUGUUGGAGACUGUGGUUGAGAUUCAAGACAGGUAUGAUGCGGCGAAGGAGAUAGAGAAGAGUUUGUUGGAGCUACACCAAGUGUUUCUAGAUAUGGCUGUGAUGGUCGAAGCGCAAGGCGAGCAGAUGGAUGAGAUCGAGCAUCACGUGAUGAACGCGAGCCAUUACGUUAAAGAUGGUGCUAAGGAGUUGAAUACCGCAAAGAAGCAUCAGAGAAGCAGUAGGAAAUGGAUGUGCAUUGGUAUCAUCGUGCUGCUCUUGAUCAUUCUUGUUGUUAUCAUCCCCAUCAUUACCAGUUUCACCUCUUCUUAAGUGCUAAAAAGGAUGUCUUAAUCCUUGUGUGUUUUGUGUAUCCAAUUUUAUGAAAUGAUUAAAUGUUUUUACAACAGUGUAUAUGUAUUAUAAUAAUAAUAUAGUUUCUCUA